CUUGCAGUACGUAGUAUGCCAUUUGAAACGUCGACAAUUCUUGCGUUGUACACAGGUGUGUGGUUCUCCAAUUCCAAAACGUUCGAGGCUUAAGGCGUGUCGUUCACUUUGUUUCCUAAACGCGUUUUCACCACUAUCCAUGUUUUCCAGACAACAACGCUUCUGUUUGGACUAUUUGAUUUACACAAAACGUCCCAGGAAUACCUUAAAAACUAUUGAAAAUAGCCAAACUCGACUACUAUUGUCUUAAAUCUUUUUCUAAAGGCUAUCGUUCCUAGGUUAAGGCUACCUCUCGUGUAUCUUUCAUGAUGCCAAAAUCAAACUUUUAUGUAAGGCUUUGGUGUUUCGCAGGUAUCUUGGUUUGUCAUGCUCAGGAAGAAUGUGGUCAGCCACCCAUGGAAGACAGAAUUGUCGGAGGUGUCGAUGCGAAGCAAGGAGCAUGGCCGUGGCAGGUGGAUAUUCAGACUACGAAGGAUGGUCAUGUUUGUGGGGGCUCAAUCAUCAAUUCGGAAUGGGUGCUGUCUGCUGCCCACUGCUUCCCAAAUCCAUACGACUUGUCGGGCUACACGCUAUACCUGGGACGUCUCAAGCUCAACGGUUGGAAUCCCAAUGAGUUGUCACGCCAAGUGACGCGCGUCGUGAUCCCAUCCAGCUACACGGAUCCCAAGUCUGGACAGGACAUGGCGUUGUUGCAGCUGGACAGCCCGGUACCCUGGUCGAAGCAUAUCCAUCCGAUCUGUCUGCCUGAUGCCGGGACAGAUUUCUCUGGGGACAUUUCCUGUUUUGUUACCGGCUGGGGAAACAUACGUGACGGAGUCUCCCUGAGUGGUGUGGGGACACUGCAGCAAGUUCAGGUGCCAAUCAUCUCAACAUCUUCCUGUCAGGCGAUGUACAGCCAGUCCUCAGAGACAGUGGACAUCCUGUAUGACAUGAUCUGUGCCGGCUACCAGGAGGGGGGCAAGGACUCCUGCCAGGGGGACUCAGGAGGACCCCUAGUCUGCAAGAUGCAGAACGGGACCUGGGUACAAGCCGGGGUUGUGAGUUUUGGCCUGGGCUGUGCCGCGGCCAAUCAGCCUGGCAUCUAUGCCAAGGUGUCAACCUUCUCCAGCUUCCUCCGCAACAACAUACCAGAUAUACAGCUGUAUGGCCGGGGCGAUCACAGCUUGGCCAGCGGAGUGGCUGUCCUGACUAGCUUCCUAGCCACACUACUGAUGGCUCAUCUGUUUAGAUAAGAAUUCCUAAAAGUCUGAAGUUAUUUUUCUGUGGAAUUUGACAAAUGAACCAGAUUUUGGACAUACAUUGGCUUUUGUACAUGAUGAUUUUAAGUAAAUAGUUCUGCAUAUUUAAAUUUUCCAUUUUAAAAAUGUCCAUAUGCUAAAGCAGUUUCUCAAUCAAAUUGAGUGUAGAGAUUAUGAACACCUUUUUUAUGCUAUAAUGAAUGUAAACCUGGGAAAGUGUGAAAUGUCUUGGAACAUCCUCUCAAGUUCUUAUAGUGAGAUGGUAAGAUCGUUAUUCAUAUCCAAUAUCUGAAAUAAGCAUGGUCCUGAAUAGUGAUGGCCAAUCGAGGCUUCAUUAGCAUUAUUUUAGCAGCAGGAUAUAAUGCUGGCAGCACUCAGAUUUUCUUUAUCACAAUAAAAG